GUUUUUUUGCACUCCAUCAGCCGACUCGUGCGGUUUCAUAGGCCUCCCAUCCCCGUUGCUAUACGCAGUACCGCCGUGCCCCGCGUCGUGCCCGUGUCCCCAAAAUUCCGGCACCUGGCCCCCCGCAUCCUGUGAUCCCGUGACCCUCCAGGGCCUUUCAGGGCACCCCUAGCCGCCCCCGCCACAUGUCCACAAAACCGGCGCUAAUAGCCGCCGAUGGAAACGGGCCAGCAACGGCCGCCAACGGCGCCGCCAACCCCGCAUCCGGCAGGCCGCUGCCGCCCGAGCUCGCGCACGUGACCAACAACAUCGUGCCGCUCUCGAACAUCCUCCGCUUCCACACACAGGAGGCGUACAAACAGCUCAGCCGCCAGAUCGAGCUGUUGGCACACACGCGGGCCUCGGAGCCGGACGCCGUGCGCAAACGCAAGUUGCUCGCCGUGCUCGUGGCGCUCCGCCAGGACUUCGUCAAGUUGUACGUGCUCGUCAAGUGGGCCCAGCGCAGCAAGGACGUGGCGCGCCUCAUCGACUUGCUCAACUGGCUCCGGUCGCAGGAGUUCUGCUUCGACAACUUGGCGCUCGGGCUCAACGAGCUCAACCACUUCUCCGGCGCCAAGCUCCCGCAGGCCGACAUCCUCACGGCCUUGGAGGUCUUGGUCAAGGGCCGCCCGCAGCUCCCGUCGUACCUGCACCUCGGGCGGCCGCCCGUGUCGCCGCAGCGCAUUGGCCAGGUCUUGCGCGACUUGAACUUGGCCUUGACCGCGCGCUUGGCGCUCGUGGACGACAUGCCGCCGCGGUUCCGCAAGAACUACGAGGUGAAGGACGGCCGCGUGGUGUUCACGCUCGCGCACGAGUUCCGCGUGUCCAUCACCGUGGCCAACGACCUCGUCGUGGACUCUGCGGCCGACUACUACCGGUCCCCGUUCUUCUUCAUCGACUUCGCGUUUCUCUUUGGCGUCAACAGCGACCACUCGCUCACGUCCCACGACGGCACCCGGGCGGCCACGCUGCUCCCGCACCGCGCGCGGGCUCGCUUGGAGUCCGUCGUCAACCAUGUGCUCUUGCAGCACUCGCUUGCCGGCCUCUACGACGUGCUCCACAAGUACGCCACCGCGUUCAAGCUCUACUUGAUUGCACGCCAGUUGCGCGUGCUCUCCAUCAACAGCAAGUGGCGCGGCAACAUCCAGUACCAGAGCGGCUCCUUCCUCGUGAUCGUGAACUACUGGGCCGGCCACUUCCUCCUGCGGGGCUGGCGCUCCUUCCUUGAGAUCGGCAUCGACCGCAACUACAACUUGCACUUCCGCUGGUUCAAAAACGGCCGCUACCACCACGACCACGGCAUCCGCACCGCCGCCUCCACCGAUGCCCUGGAUGCCCUGGACGCACAGUACGCGCAGGAGCUCAACAUCGACUACGUGUUGAGCCUUGUCAUCAACAGACACUCCGAGCUCCUUGUCCGCAAGGUGUACGACUCCUACGCUAGUGCUGUCUCCGCAGACACCGUUUCAUUCCUUAACCCGCACCAGCUCUUGCUCAAGCUCACGCCCAAGAAAAGCACCGUCUUCGCCAUCGACCCCUUGACCGGGCAUUUCUACUUCAUGAACCCGUCGCCCAUCGAGUCAGCUGUUCAGACAAAAAUAAACACUAAGCCUCCCGCGGCCAAGGCCAAGGCUUCCGUAACUGAGGCUGACUUGGUCGCGAAUGUCGUUUCCCACUUGGUGGAGUUGCGCACAGACAAUUUGAGUAAGGCAACCCACAUGCGACUUGUAACCAUGGGCUGGGUUGCAAACGGCAUCAUCAAGCUCUCCGACUACGAAACUGCCAAGUUGCUCAGCGGCCUCGUGGGCGAGACGUCGAGCCCGCUUCACAAGUUCAGCUUCUUCCGCAGCCGCACGUGGCCGCCCUCGUGGUUCUUGAUCAGUAUGGUCAGUGGCCUGUCCUCCAAAGCAUACUGGUGGGUCGCGCGACUCAAAUCUGUCAAGGGUGAAUGGGUAAUUCAGUGGGUGCAGAGCCUUGAUCUUAGCGACACCGAGGAAGCAGACCACAGCUUCUUCAAGUCGUUGUCGCGCUCGAGCUCCAACAUAAUCAUUCAUCACUUGAUUGUAGAGGAGUUGCAGAGAAGGGGCAUCGGCUUUUUGAAGCUUCACGAUGAAUCCGUCCUCGAAAAAUUUAAUCUUUCACACCCACACAGUCAUUCGGCUUCCCGCACGGUGUUGGCACUACACAACGAUGGAAAUCUACUACCUAUCGCGGCGUCGGCAUCAACACUUUUCAUGGCUUGCCUGUUCUCCGGAGAUGGGAAGCUGAAGGAGUUACACACCACACUCUUUGGGUGCUUUCGCAACAAGUCCGAAAACUACGCCAAUUCAUUGCUCAAGCUUGGAGUGACUGUCGCAGUGGACAAAGAUCAGUUCCAGAUCAACUCGACCGUCGAUCUCUCCAACAAACUAAACACUGAAGACAAACCAUCAAACACAGUGUCUAUGUUGGGCCAAGUCCUAGACAGCCUCGCGAAAAUGAACCUGCUUAUCAAGAUUUUGGAGCAGGUCCGCAGCACAGACCUAAAAGUCACCAGCAGCUCCUUUGAUGAGCUCUCGUUCGAGAUUGAUCCUUACUAUAAGCCAUUUCUUUUUUGCGUGCAUAGUGAGGAUGACCUGUCAUUUUCACUACGCACAGGCGAGAGCGAGAAGAAAAAUGUGAACACCUUGGUGCGCUUGCUCAAUCAAGAGCUUGGCCAGUCUGCUGGCGCAUUGCUUGGCUGUUUCAAGUAUCUUAAAGAGGCAGUCAUUCUCUUUGAGACAAUUGAUUCAGUCGAGAACCAGUUGAAGCCAGCAUCUGAGUUCAUGUUACAGAACAAUUUCCGCAGGCUCCACUUUGAGCCCAAGUUCAUCAGCUUGAACCUCUUUCAGUUCGUCUUUAGUCUCAACAGCACGCAUUCCAGCUCGCCGAAGAAAAUUCAGCGAGACAAAAUAAUAUUUAACGUGAGUUUCAAAAAGGACCGGUUCGCCAAGACCCGGAAGUUGCUUUUGAAGUUUUCUAUGAAAGAUAAUUUCAACUCACAGAAUCUCAAGUUCAAGAAGCUAUUUGAAACAAUCUUCACCUCUUCGAAUGAGGUUCAAAAACAGGCCAUGUCCCUUAACCAGACAUUCAUGAAGUUAUACUAUGAUUUUGUCAUCGACAGCGCUUUGCUCAAACCUUUGAUGGAUCGCAUAACAAGUGCGUUUCUUGAAUUUUUAAAAACACCCCAGCCGCAAUAGGCGAGAGGCACGACCGGAUACAAUAAAUUAUUUAUUUCUAAUAUGAAUGU